GUCAAGCUUCACCCUCCAGUACUCCUUUCUCCUCAUGUAUCCUUGUGGUGGGUUUAAUCUGCACCGUUGCUGAAGUCCACUGCUUCUCCGCCGCUCUCUACAGCAACAGGGGAAUUCAGUUAUCAUUCAUGGCUACCAACGUACAACUUCUCAAAUUUCUGUUCCUGCUGCUCUUCUUCUCAUCCUUGUGGACUCCUCAUGCUCAGCAAGUACCUGAUACUCUCAAACCUGGUGAUAUGCUCACUUCCUCAAGUAGGCUAGUUUCUUCAGAAGGGAGGUUCACUUUGACGUUCACGUCGUCUAGUCUAUUUGAAAGUAACUGCACAUUUUUGGUGAUUUCAAGUACUUCUGGUCCCAGCAAGACUUACUUGUGGAUUUCAGGUGCUAACGACUCCAACGUGCUUGGUUUGGAGAACAAAGCAGGAGCAUUGAUAAUUAUGGGCCAAGCUGGGAACCUCAUGACACUAUACUCUUCGACUCAACCUACCAAUAACACUGUCGCUACUUUAUUGGAUUCCGGCAAUUUCAUCUUCCAAGAAGUGUACUCCAAUGGUUCUACAAAGAGGGUGUUAUGGCAAAGUUUUGAUAAUCCAGGGAACACGCUUGUACCGGGUAUGAAAUUAGGAAUAAACCACAAAACUGGUCAAACGUGGUCACUCAGGUCAUGGUUAACAAGGGACCUCCCUAUUCCAGGACCUUUUAGUCUUGAAUGGGAGGGAAGCCAAUUGGUCAUUCGGCGAAGACAGGUGGUUUAUUGGAAAAGUGGGGUCUUGAGAGAAAACCAAUUUGAGAAUAUUUCACCAAAUCUAACAUCUAUGUAUCAUUUCAACAUUGUUUCAAAUGAUGAUGAAGAAUCCUUCUCUUUCGACUCUGAAAAUCAAAUUCAGCCAUCGCAGUGGACCCUUACAGAUAUGGGGAGAUUACAUGAAGGUCAAAAAUCCAUGGCCCGAACAGAUGAAUGUUACGGCUAUAACAUUGAUGGAGGAUGUCAGAAGUGGAACCUGUCAGUGUGUAGGCAACCUGGUUACACAGUUGAACUUAAUCGUAGUUAUCUUGUAAAUGGUGAUGCGAGCUAUACUAUUCCAGAUCCAAAUCUUGGCAUGAUUGAUUGUAAAGCUAAUUGCUCGGCCAGCUGUAGCUGUGUAGCUUAUACUACUCUACUUGGAAAUUGGACUGGAUGCCGAUUUUGGACAACUAUUUCGAACUUCACACCAACCGAUAUGGAAAAUUCAGACCAAGUCUAUAUUCUAUCACCAAAGCCUUCUCAGACUGAGACCGUUCCAAUCCGAGAGAAUUCAACUACUCAGUCAGGAAAAACUAAGUGGCUAUGGAUUGCCAUCGGCGCCAUUGCACUGCAUGUAAUUUUUUUCUGUAUAUUGUGUUAUCUACAUAGAAGGAGAAUAAUUGUACUUCAAGGUAUUAAUGACACAAAUGAUGACAAAAAAUUGCUUAGUUCAGAGAUAUCUAUUGGAGAAAAUGGAAUUCCAAAUAAUAGAAAGAAAGCACAUAAUGUAAGCGUAUUUAGUUACGAAUGUAUAACAACCGCCACAAACAAUUUCUCAUUAGAAAGCAAGCUUGGAGAGGGGGGAUUUGGACCUGUUUACAAGGGAAAACUACCAACAGGUCAAGAAAUAGCCGUAAAGCGACUAUCAAGAAUUUCAGGGCAAGGAAUAAUUGAGUUUAAGAAUGAGUUGAUACUCAUAUCUAAACUCCAACACACUAAUCUUGUUAAGCUUCUGGGUUGUUGCAUUUUUGGAGAAGAAAGGAUGUUAAUCUAUGAAUACAUGCCCAAUAAAAGCUUGGACUACUUCUUAUUUGAUUCAAAUAGAAGCAAGUUACUAGAUUGGAAUAAACGUUUCAACAUAAUCGAAGGAAUCGCUCAAGGAUUGAUCUAUCUCCAUAAGUAUUCAAGGUUAAAAGUAAUUCAUAGAGAUUUAAAAGCUGGCAACAUACUCCUUGAUGAAAGUAUGAAUCCGAAGAUCUCUGAUUUUGGCAUGGCAAGAAUUUUCAAACAAAAUGAACUAGAAGCAAAUACUAAUAGAAUUGUUGGGACAUAUGGUUACAUGUCUCCUGAGUACGCUAUGGAGGGUGUGUUCUCUAUAAAAUCUGAUGUCUAUAGCUUUGGUGUCUUGAUGCUUGAAAUCGUGAGUGGUAGAAGAAACAACAGCUUCAAUCAGUCUGACCUUGUGCUCAAUCUAGUUGGAUAUGCAUGGGACUUGUGGAAAGAAGAUAAAGGACUUGACCUAGUUGAUCCAACAAUUAGUGAUUCAUUUGUUGCAAAUCAAGUGCUAAGAUGCAUUCAUGUCAGCCUCUUAUGUGUGGAAGAAGGUGCUGUUGAUCGCCCUACCAUGUCAGAUAUGCUAUCUAUGUUGACAAAUGAAAGUACACAAUUGCCUUUGCCUAAAAAACCAGCCUUUUCUAAUGGAAGGAAACCAGUUGGGGCAACUAUUGCUAAGAAAGAAUCUACAGUUCAUACGGCAAAUGAAAUAUCCAUUUCUGAUAUGGAUCCACGAUAGAGAGAAUGAUUUUCUUUUGUUAUGUUGCAUGUGUAUUAGGUGUGGAGUAACCGUGAGAUGACAAGUAACAGCCAACUGGUUGAGAAAUAGCCAAAAUGUGACUAUCAAGAAAUUCAGGACAAGAAUUAAUUGAGUUUAAGAAUGA